AUGGAGAACGCCCCACAGCCCGAGGCGGUGGAAGGUGAUGCAGUUUCGGGCAUGCAGAUCGCGGCAAAAGUGCGGGCCACGACAGUCUUCGCAAGCUACCUGGCUAGGCUGCAGGCGCACUUCGAGAGCAUGACGACAGAACAGAGGUCAAACGUCAUUCACCUCCUCUAUGGCAUGCUGGAGACAUGGCGGAAUGAAUGGGUCAUGUCCCUUACCUCUGUCUCGCGGGACAGGGCCGACAGGCUCUGGGCACUGUUGGUGACGUAUCAGGGGGAGCCUGCCUGCAUUGCGACCAAGGACAGGGAGUGGGCGGAAGAAAGAUGGAGAGAGUUGGUGGAAAUGCUGCAGAUAGACGCGGUGAGAGGUGCAGCAAUCGGAGACUUCAGGCUCCCUGACCAGAGGGGAGUGAUCCAGGUGGAUGAUACCCAAGCCGAGCGGCCGUCCUCCUCCCACGAGGUGCUGGUCAGGCGCGCGCCAGGUGGUCGAUGGGAAGAAGCCACGGACAAGGAGAGGGCCGAGCUGGCAGCGCACGAUGCUGACACUCAGGAGCAAAAGAGCAGGCAGGCUGAACAUGACGAGAAGCUGUGGACGGCCCACCAAGCUGCGGAAGCCAGAGUCCAUGUUACCGUCAAGGAUGCGGACCACAAUGAGAUCGCAGUUGCCGACCUGGCGGGGGAGUUGGAAGCCAGCGACAUCCCGCAGGUGACGGUAGCAGUAAUGGAGGAGGUGGUGCAAGUCCCGCAGGACAACCCGGACAUGGAGGAAGGAAAUGAGGUGACGAAGGCCCAACCACCGGAGAACGAUGCCAAAGAAGGCGGCGAGUCCAAUCGCUCGGACACGGUGACGGCAGGCGUCCCGGAGGACGAGGUGGACCAGCACAUCGACGUCGACCUGACGGACCUCGGCUCGAUCAUGGAAACGGUCAUGGGCAGGCAGUGGUUUCAACUUUUCGUGAACAGAGAAGUGGACGACGCGAUGGUCCGAAAGAGGUGGGGAGCAUCGGCGCUGGAAGUGUUCCAGGUCAACCGAGACAUGAUGGAGUUGAUGCAGGGCGAGCGGGACACUGCGGCCAACAGGUCCCAAGAUGCGGACCUGCGCGUAGGACCAAUGUCUGAUGGGGAAGAGUCGCUGGCGUCUUCGGGGGCCAAGGUCUUCCCACGAAGGACAGUUGUGGCGGGAAGGCGUGGUGAUGACUCCGUCGAGGGCGGCACCGAGGCAGCAGAGGCUAUCGCGGAGACCGGGGAGGAUGACAAUGCGAGGGAAGCGAGGCACCCAAUGCCAAUCUCAAGGGCGGAGGAAGAAAUGGGGAGGGUGCUUGCGGAGAAUGAGCAUCGUGAGGGCAAUGAUGACGGGCACAUCGGGGCAGGCAAUGGUGGUGGAUUGGAAGAGGGGGGGUCAGAGACAUCGCAACAAGUACUGGAGAACACGCAGAUGGAUGUGGUUGAACCGAUGGAAGGCGAAGCAAUGGAUGGUGAAGCAGAAGCAGGUGAAGGGUCGUCGACAACCGGCAUGACGGGCACUACUGAAGGGCUGCAUGAUGGUAGCUUUGGGGAUGGUAAGGUGCAGACAGACCUGCAAAGCUGGUUGAAGUAG